UGAUAAGAUCAUAUGAUGCCUUUUACAUUCCAUGUAAAUUAUUCAAUCAACCAAUGGUCUCAUUAGUCUGAACUAAUUCAUUAUCAUCUAUUUUAAGAGAAGAAAAGAAAAGAUAAAAGAAAAAAACAGCAAUAAAGAACAACAAAAAAAAGUGUAGUGUACUAUCUUCAUGAUGUUGAAUUGCUUGUUUCAUCUUCUUCAUCAUCAUCAUCAUCUUCUUCUUCUUCUUCAUCAUCUAAGUUUACUUCUAUUCAUGGUACAUUCCUCCGUACAAAACAGUACUGAUGUCAAACAACAAUCUAUAAUCAGUAAAUUGAAAGAUAAUAAUGAAUUUGUGAAAGUGAUAGAAUCCAUAGAGGAUACGUAUCAAAUAUAUCUGAAUAGAUCGAAGACAUUUAAAGACUGUUUUAACAAUCAAUCAUCGGUUAUUAAACAAAGGUUAUUGGAUCAUCCAGAAGAGAAAUGUUUUGAAUUUAUACCACAUGAUGAUAAAGAUAAUGUUAUAAAUUUUGGAGAUAGUGGUUCUUUAAAUAGUUUCAUUGAUACAAGGGUCUCUAAUAUUUAUUGGAUGAAUAUUGUUUCAUUUGAAAACAAAUAUCUAACAGAAAUUGCCAAGGAAAUUUCACAUCAAUCUAAAACACUUAAGACUGAAACAGAAAAACCGGAAGAUCUGUUGAAUAUAUCAACGACAGCAACAACAGCGACACUCAUUCCAUCGACUAUAACCAAACGAAUAUUAAUACAAAAUGUAAAACCUACAAACAAAGUUAUCAAUAGUAAUAUUUCAAAUACAAACCAAAUUAAUGAAGUAAAUACAGUAAAGAAUGAAAUAAUCAAAAAUUAUACACAGUCUUCACUCUCUGAAAAUUCAUCAUUUGAAGGUUAUAUCUAUCUAAUCUAUUUACUUAUUAGUAUAGUAUUAGCAAUAUUUAUUAUUGGAGCAGUCUAUUUCUUGUGUACACAUUCAAAGACUAUUUCAUCUUGAUCAAAAAAACAAAGUUCAUUCAUAUUGACCAAUCGGAGUGUUUCUAUUCAACUUUAUUCAUUAAAAUAAAAUUGUUACUAUG